UGCUCGCAAGGCAAGCCCGGUAGAUUUCCGCGGGCUUUACUCGUGAGUAGCCCUUCCGAGGCUCGCUUGAUCGUGCGAGUGUUCCCGCUCCGAGAAGCCCCACGGAUGUCGUUGCCAGGGCCUUUUCGCAUCUGAAGACAAGAAGAGUUCCCGGCUAAGAGAGAUGUGACCGGUGCACAGGAAAACAUGGCUAACGUGCAGGAUGGCAUUUGGAUGGUGAUACUGGUCACAGGUCUGGGGAUGAUAUACUUCGGAACAGUGUCCACAGAGGAUUCCCAGUGCCAGCGGGUGGAGCAUCCUGUUGUUACAAGUGAAGAGAUUGCUCCUUGGUUACAUGUAUUCAGAGCAGAAAAUGCUGUCGACUUCUCUCAGAUAACAUUUGAUCCAAGACAAAAAGAACUUGUUGUUGGAGCAAGAAACUACCUCUUCAGGCUACAUAGUGAGGAUCUUUCUCUCAUUCAGGGAGUGGAGUGGUCUUGUGAUGAAGCUACUACAAAGGCUUGUUACAGUAAAGGCAAAUCAAAGGAAGAGUGCCAGAAUUAUAUCCGUGUCCUUCUCAUUGGUGGGGACAGACUCUUUGCAUGUGGAACUAAUGCGUUUACGCCCAUUUGCACUAAUCGGACGCUAAAUAACCUGGAAGAGACGCAUGAUCAGAUCAGCGGCAUGGCUCGCUGUCCAUACAGCCCCCAGCACAACUCCACCGCUCUGCUUGCAAGCACUGGUGAGCUAUAUGCAGCAACAGUCAUGGACUUCCCAGGAAGGGAUCCUGCAAUUUAUCGCAGCUUGGGGGUGUUUCCUCCUCUCCGGACUGCACAGUACAACUCUAAGUGGCUUAAUGAACCAAAUUUUGUGUCUUCUUAUGACAUUGGGAACUUCGUCUAUUUCUUCUUCCGAGAGAACGCAGUGGAGUAUGACUGUGGCAAAAUAGUCUUUUCCCGAGCUGCUCGAGUAUGCAAGAAUGACAUUGGAGGCAGGUUCCUGCUGGAGGACACCUGGACCACCUUCAUGAAAGCUCGUUUGAACUGCUCCCGCCCUGGAGAAAUCCCAUUUUACUACAAUGAAUUACAGAGUACGUUCUUCCUGCCAGAACUGGACUUAAUCUACGGGAUCUUUACCACUAAUAUGAACAGCAUAGCAGUUUCAGCCGUUUGUGUAUUCAACAUGACUGCAAUAACUCAGGUCUUCAGUGGGCCAUUUAAGUUCCAAGAGAACUCCCGCUCUGCUUGGCUGCCUUACCCCAACCCUAACCCCAACUUUCAGUGUGGCACCAUGGACCAGGGCGCAUAUCUGAAUCUGACAGAGAGGAAUCUCCAAGAUGCCCAGAAAUUUAUUUUGAUGCAUGAAGUGAUCCAGCCCAUCUCACCCUUUCCUUACUUCAUGGAAGACAACAGCCGUUUUUCCCACGUGGUGGUGGAUGUGGUCCAAGGCAAGGAGAUGCUUUUUCACAUCAUCUAUUUGGCCACAGAUCAUGGCACUAUUAAGAAAGUACUUGCUCCAGUUAAUCAAACAUCGAGCAGCUGCUUGCUGGAGGAGAUUGACAUAUUCCCAAAGAAGCAGUGGGAGCCCAUCAGGAGUCUGCAGAUUUUACACAGCCAGAGUGCUCUGUUUGUGGGCCUUCAGAGAAGUGUGGUGAAGAUCCCACUGAAGAGAUGUCUGUUUUACAAAACACACAGUGCAUGUGUUGGAUCCCAGGAUCCUUACUGCGGCUGGGACCUGGUGCUCAAGAAGUGCACACCACUGGAAGAAAGCCUGAGUAUGAGUCAGUGGGAGCAAAGCAUCUCAUUGUGUCCAGUAAGGAAUCUGACUGUGGAUGGCCAUUUUGGAGCCUGGUCAGAGUGGAAGUCUUGCUCCCACGUGGACGGCUCCAGUGUGGGCUUUUGCCUCUGCAGAAGACGCUCGUGUGACAGCCCAGUUCCAAAAUGCGGAGGGCGGCAGUGUGAAGGGCCAAGUCUAGAAGUGGCCAACUGCUCCAGAAAUGGAGGCUGGACUCCUUGGACAUCCUGGUCCCCUUGCAGCACUUCCUGUGGGAUAGGCUUCCAAGUCCGCCAGCGCUCUUGCACCAACCCAAGCCCUCGGCAUGGAGGCCGUGUGUGUGUGGGACAGAACCGGGAAGAAAGGUAUUGCAAUGAGUACCUGCUGUGCUCUCCACACAUGUUCUGGACUGGCUGGGGUGCCUGGGAACGUUGUACAUCCCAGUGUGGAGGCGGGAUCCAGGCCCGCCACAGAACCUGUGAGAAUGGCCCUGACUGUCCCGGCUGCAGCAUGGAGUAUCAAGGCUGCAACACCAGCCCCUGCCCAGAGUUGAAAAAGACAACUCCUUGGACCCCAUGGACUCCGGUGAACAUCUCCGACAACGGUGGGCACUAUGAACAACGAUUCCGAUACACCUGCAAGGCACGGCUGCCUGAUGCAAGUUUGUUAGAUGUGGGAAGGCAGAGGAUUGAAAUGCGUUACUGUUCCAGCGAUGGGACCACUGGAUGCUCAACAGAUGGUAAGCAGCCAUGUGCAUCAGAAUCUUAGGUUUCUUGCCAUUGC